GCGUGAACGCCCGGUCCAGUGAGCGCGCUGCAUGGGCCUAUUGUGAAAGCUGUUCCGCAGAAAAAUUCUGUGAUUCAUCCUCAAAAACAGCUUGUCUUCAGUUUCUGAAUCGGAGAUCCUAUUCAAUGAAAAAAUGAAGAUUGUCACUUGGAACAUAAACGGCAUAAGAACUUUCAAAGGCGGAAUUAAGAAAGCAUUGGAUUUGCUCGACGCUGAUAUAAUUUGUUUUCAGGAGACAAAAGUGACAAGGGACCUGCUGGACGAGAGAACUGCGGUUGUGGACGGUUACAAUUCUUAUUUCAGCUUCAGCCGAGGACGAAGCGGUUACUCAGGGGUAGCUACUUUCUGCAAAGACAGGGUUGCACCCUUUGCUGCAGAAGAGGGACUGACAGGCCUGCUGACCAGUCAUGAUGGGAGUGUUGGGUGCUAUGGUGACCAGAGCCAGUUUUCUAUGGAGGAGCUGCAGAUGCUGGAUAAUGAAGGAAGAGCUGUCAUCACACAGCACAAAGUGAUGUGUCAGAACCAGGAGAAAACCCUUACCGUGCUCAAUGUGUACUGCCCACGGGCGGACCCAGAGAAGCCUGACAGGAAGCUCUUCAAACUGCAGUUCUACAGAAUGCUCCAGAACAGAGCUGAGGCCUUACUGGGAGCAGGGAGCCAUGUGAUCGUCCUGGGAGAUGUGAACACUUCCCACAGGCCCAUUGACCACUGCGACCCCGAUGACCUGGAAAGUUUUGAGGAUAAUCCUGGCAGAAAGUGGCUGAACAACUUCCUGUUUGGGAAGGCUGAAGGGGAGGGGCUUGAGAAGGAGGAGGGCGACAGAGAGGUGGGGCCAGAGUCCCAGGAGCCUGGUGGCUGUGGUGGUGGAAAGUUCGUUGACACAUUUCGCCAUUUCCACCCGACCCGCCCCAACGCCUUCACCUGCUGGUCCACCCUCACCGGCGCCCGGCAGACCAACUAUGGCACGCGCAUUGAUUACAUCUUUGCCGACCGGCCGUUGGCCGAGGAGCACUUCCUGUCUGCGGACAUCAUGCCGGACGUGGAGGGGUCGGAUCACUGUCCGGUGCAGGGGCGCCUGUGCUGCUCCCCGCUGCAGAGCCCCCGCUGCCCCCCGCUGUGCACACGCUUCAUGCCCGAGUUUGCCGGAAGGCAGCAGAAGCUCUCGCGCUUCCUGGUCCAGGUGGGUCCGCAGGAACAGGACGCCCUGCCCGGCUCGCAGGAGCUGGGGGAGAUCCGGGAGAACCUCCGUCCGCCGGCCGAUGCUGGGAGCGCCGCCAGAAUUGGGAACAUGGCCGGCAGGAAGAGGGGUCCCACAAAGGAGACUCCUGCCCCCAGGGGCAAGAGGAUCAAAACCCAUAACCCACCAAAACCUCAGGGAAACCUGCUGGCCUUCUUCAAGCCCGCAGCCAGCCAAGGGUCUCGCAGCUGUUUUGUGAAGGGGCAGGACGGGUCUGAGGACACGGGCACACAGCACAGUGAAGGGAGGGCACGGGUACAAGGGGGGCUCUCGCCGCCUCCUGAUAUCACAAAGAGGGGAUCUGUGGAAGGAGAUGGCGGGGCUAUGGAAAGAGAGGGUGGGGCUGUUGAAAGAGAGGGCGGGGCUAUGGAAGGAGAGGGUGGGGCUGUUGAAGGAGAGGGUGGGGCUGAACCCUGUCCCAGGGGGGCCUGCCCUUUGGGGUUCUGGAAGGCAGUGUUGCAUGGCCCGCCGCAGCCACCCCUCUGCAAGGUGCACCAGGAGCCCUGUGUGCUCAGGACCGUCAGGAAGGCAGGGCCCAACAUGGGCCGGCGCUUCUUCGUCUGUUGCCGCCCCCAGGGCCAUGCCUCCAACCCCCAGGCCCGCUGCAACUUCUUCACCUGGGUGGAUAAGGGCAGGUAGCUGGAGCUGGAUUCACUACCACAAACGCCCAGCUUUUUAAAUGCACAGUGCUGGUAUAUGGACCAUGUCUUCAGCUUCUGUGAAGCUAGGGAGGGUUUAGCCCAACUAUACGGACUCAAAUGUAGACUUAAUUGCAAUGCCAAUUCUGUCCAUGUCUUUUAUUUGUUUCACAUAUAAAGUUAAUUCAAAUAAAUAUGAAGCUUUGAAUUUGAA